CAUGAUCAUCUCAACUUCGACUUCUCCUUGACAUGCUGUGUAUGAACCUCAAACUGACACGUUUAUUUCAACACAAAUGGAUGACAACUGUUCCAUUGAUCAAAGUAUUUUAAUUGACAAAGUAGAGAAGCCCUCUGUCAUCGGAGUCAUCGGAAGCUGUCCGACUGUCGUCGCUGCAGUCUUGUAUUUCCUGUUUACUGGCGGGAAGAGCGAAAGAAACUGAACCAUCGGUCGGUUUUCAAAACGCACGUUUUUUUUUUUUUAUUAGCUCAGUAUCAAUAAUUUAUGAUAAACCGAAUUCCACGCGAUUUGGAUACAUAUAAUUGCUUGACCUGUGCCAACCGUUUAAAGGGAUUUGAAGCGCGAAACCGAUGGAGGAGCCCGCUGACUCCGUCGGUGGCGGGGCAGCACAGGGCCCCACAGCGCAAGUGGCAGAGAUCCGCUGUCCAAUGGCAGCGCGUCCAAUGCGGCUGCUGGAAUGGAAAGUCAAACCCGGGUCCCUCGUCAAUGUGGAUUCGGUGUUGGCGUUAUGUGCGCCCAUCCCGCCGGAGAAAGAGGACGGGUCUCAGCCGCCAGAACAGCCCAACAGGCUGCCAGGGAAGAAACUGAAAUCGGACCGAGCUGGAGUGGUGAAGGACCUAUGUUGUCAACUUGGACAAGUCAUAUCGCCUGGUGGUGUGAUUGUCAGAGUAGAAGAAUGCAGUCAUCCCGUCGUGAUGAAGGGGCUGUGUGCUGAAUGUGGCCAGGACCUCACACAGAUGCAGAGUAAUAAUGGGAGGCAGCAGGCUCAUAUCUCCAUGGCAAACGUUUCCAUGGUGCACAGUGUCCCUGAGUUGAUGGUCAGCUCUGAGGAAGCAGAGCAGCUGGGCAGAGAGGACCAGCAGAGACUCCACAGGAACAAGAAGCUGGUUCUGAUGGUUGAUCUGGACCAAACCCUGAUCCACACCACUGAGCAUCACUGCCAGCGCAUGUCCAAUAAGGGAAUCUUCCACUUCCAGCUGGGGCGGGGGGAGCCCAUGUUACACACGCGACUGCGUCCGAACUGCAAAGACUUCCUGGAGAAGAUCGCCAAGCUCUACGAGCUGCAUGUCUUCACUUUCGGAAGCCGCCUCUAUGCACACACCAUCGCAGGCUUCCUGGACCCUGAGAUGAAGCUGUUCUCUCACAGGAUCCUGUCCAGAGACGAAUGCAUCGACCCCUUCUCCAAGACAGGGAACCUAAGGAAUCUGUUCCCGUGUGGUGACUCGAUGGUAUGUAUUAUAGAUGAUCGGGAGGACGUGUGGAAGUUUGCUCCCAACCUGAUCACUGUGAAGAAGUACAUCUACUUCCAGGGCACAGGAGACAUCAAUGCCCCGCCCGGGUCUAAAGAGGCUCAGCAGGGAAGGAAAGCCGGCAGCCAGGCCAGCCGACCAGCAGAGGCCUCGGAACCAGCAGUAACGUCAGGGUCUUCUGGGAGGUCGUCUGCAUCAGAGGAGCAGAGUAACGGUCUUAAGAAACAACGGGCAAAAGACCACAACAACGGAGGGAGGGAGGAGUCAACAGCUCCCUCAGCCACUCAGGAAGCAGCAGCCAAUGAACGGACUCAACCGGACGGGGGUGAGGCUGUGGAGGAGGGGCGGGGUCAGGGCGAGGGUGCCGAGGCCAGCACGGCAGCACAGGUGAGCCACAGGACGAGUGUGGAAGAGGAGGGGGAGGAUGGCAGCAGGACAGUGGGCUCAGGGGAGGAAGCUCCCCCUCCUCCAUCCUCCACUCCUCCAGACCUCCAUGAGCCCAACAGCAACCUUGACUUUGACCUGUCCAGCGACUCUGACUCUGUUAGGGGUAAACCCCCCUCAUCAGACAGCGAGGGGGAGUCCAGCCAGACCAGGAAGUCCAAACCGGAAGGGGCGGAGCAGGUGGCAGUAGAGGAGCCAUCAGGCGGGGCUGGAGGAAAGGAGGAGGGGGAUAUUAAGGAGAAGAGCACUGGGGAGAACAGCUCAGAGGGAGUAGGGGAGAAGUCAGGGCUUGUCCUCCCUCCAGAUCCGGAGCAGGAGAAUGGGCGCUCAGAACGGAGGGAGGCUGAGACAGAGUCCCAGAACAGUGAACAGUCAGGAGUCACAAUGGAGGAGGAGUCUCUGGACCCGAGCAUGGAGGAGGAGGAAGAGGAGGAGUUGGACAAGGAUGACCACCUCAUCUACCUAGAAGAGGUGUUGGAACGUAUCCAUGGAGAAUACUACGCCCGCUACGACGCCUUCCUCAGGAAGGAAUGCCCAGAGACGCCUGAUAUCAGGAAGAUCGUCCCGGAGCUGAAGGCCCGGAGCCUGGAGGGCACCACCAUUGUGUUCUCUGGGCUGUACCCCACCAACUACCCCAUGGAGAGAACCAGGGAGAACUACCACGCCAAGGCCCUGGGAGCAAAGCUAGGCAAGGGCCUCCUGCUCAGCUCUAAAGACCCAGGCAGAACCACGCACCUCAUUGCUGCUAGAGCAGGUACAGAGAAGGUGCAUCAGGCCCAAGGCUGUAAACAUCUCCAUGUGGUGAAUCCUGACUGGCUGUGGGGAUGUCUGGAGCGCUGGGAAAGGGUGGAUGAAUCACUGUAUCCACUGAAGGAGGACUGCACCAAGACCCAACGGAGCAACAGCCCAGCCACGUUCCCUGACCACCAAGGGUCCUUCCAGAACCCCCUGUUCCCCAACGCCCCCCUCCACCACCACCGCCCCCCUCCAGCUGCCCCUGAGGUGCGGACGUACGACCCGGUCACGGGGAAGCUGAUUCGCCGCGGGCCUCAGGCCGCCAGACCACAAUCUUACCUCCAGGCCUCCAUGUCUGCUGCCCACGGCGACCAGACCUCCCUCAGGGGGAGUCAGAAGGACCAGCAGGGGGAGACGGCGGGUCCCUCCAGUCGAGACGAGGAGCAGCCUGGACCCUCCUGCCGCCGGAGGGAACGCCAGCCCAGCAUGUCAGAGACCAACCCCCUCUACACAUUCUGUAAAGAAGAUCUGGACAGCAUGGACAAGGAGGUGGACGACAUGCUAGAUGAGGAGAGCGAUGAGGAGGGAGAAGGCCGGGGGAAGAAGACUAGGGAGAUGGAGGAGGAAGGGGAGAUGGAGGAGGAAGAGGAGAUGGAGGAAGAAGAGGAGGGGCAGCGGCCAAAGGGUAGUGGACAGAGCACUGAGGGAGGGAAGCACCACCAACGGCACCACGAGCAGCAGCACCAUCACCAGCUGCAGCAGCAGGGUCUGGCCACCGUCGUAGAGGAGACGGCGAAGACACAGGCGCCACCUAGUGACCAGGGCGGUACGACGACGACGGACAGCGUGCCAAGGGGACAGAAGCGCAAGCUCACUGAGGCCAAGGAGGAGGAAGUGGAGGAAGAGAGGGAGUCGGCGGACGAGUCCACCAAGGAUUCUAAUGAGGAAGAGGAAGGAAGCAGCUCAGAGGCUGAUGAGAUGGCCGCUGCCCUGGAUGCGGAACUUAACGACUUCAUGUGAGGAUGAAUUUGAUUUGGACAAAUGAACUGGAAGUUUGAUUGGACGUUUGUGAACAAUGCCUCACAGAAACACUCCCCUUUUCAACCACAUGGUACCUGAAUCUUUCUGUUUCUACGCUAUGCGUACGUGUGUGGAUGUGUUUUAACAAGUUGAAUGUGUUGUACAGAAUGAAAAGGUAGGUUAGUACAGUAGGAUAACGUCGGUAUCUAAAUAUAGUUGUAGAUCAUUUUUAGGGUUAAUGUAGAAACUUUCAACAAACACCGUUUUAUUGUAAGAUAAAAAUAGGAGAGAUUUUGGCUAAUUUAGUUUAACUUGAGUUUGUUUUUCUAUUAAGACUUUUAUAUAAAUUCAACAAAUUACUUAAUUCGUUGGUCGUAUGAUGCCAAAGAGUUUGAUCUAGGCCAAUCAGAGCCUGCAGCUAAACAUUUUACUCUGACGUCACAUCCUGUGUUCCUAUUUCCUGUUGUUUUUUAGGGGUAAAUCAUUAAAACAUUGUUACCAGCAGAACGACUAA